CUUCCUAAAGCAAUUUCUCUGCAUACAUGGGAGAUUUUAAAAGCAUAGAGGACCCAGAAAUUGUCCAAGAGUCACGUACUCGAAAGAAUCACGGCCGUUUCGUUUGGUCACAUGAGCUCCACCAGAAGUUUCUCAAUUCCAUUGAGCAAUUGGGCGGCAACGACAAGGCUAUUCCCAAGAAAAUACUUGCCGACAUGAAUGUAGAAGGUCUGACUAGGCUAAACGUAGCCACCCAUUUGCAGAAGUACAGACUAACUUUGGAAAGGACAACCGAAGCUCAGCAGCUGAACAUGGCCACAAGACAAGUGCCAAGCUUCAUCCAACAAGGGCAUCACCAGAACUCAAGCAACUCAGCUAAUCCAUCUGAGUCUAGGACGUGAAUAUACGUUUCAACCAACUUCAUCUCCACUAAAGCCCCUCUUGUUUCCUAAAAGUAAUUUCUCUGCAUUAAAGGAAGAUUUUAAAAGCAUUAAGGACCCAAUGCUGCUCUUACGAGAGUGAUGGCUGCAACUUUCUUUUAUUAUUUCCUCUCAGGAUUAUGUUUUGGUUUUUGAUAUCUCUAAUCUCAAUAAUUCAGUCCCAAAAUG